AUGUUCGCCAGAAACCCCAUACGCUACACGGGUGGAAUUACUCAGAGGUUUUUGGACAUCAAUUUCGUAGGCAUGGACAAGGAUGGGUGUGUUGCACUCAUCGAAAGGAAUGACCCGGAUUAUUUCGACUUUAUAGCAAUUGCGUAUGAAUGUGGUGUUAUACUCCAUAUGUAUGUAGACCAUUUUGGGAAUAGUAACAUGCAGGAAUGGUUGGAUGAACACAAAGACAAAGAUGUUGGUUACAUAGAGGAAGAGGAUAACCAUGAGAAGCCUCUUUUUUUCAUAAAGGAUAAUGGGAUUCGGGUAGACAUGCGUGAGAAUGCAGGUGUAUGUGACUCUUUCGAAGAAGACAUGGGUGAUAAUGAAGAUGUUUAUCCCAGGAGAGUAAAGAAGUAUGCAUUGACUCUAGCUGAAGGCACAAUAGCUGAAAAUUAUGCAAGAAUAUGGUCAUAUAGUGAGGAUAUUAGAAGGUCAAAUCCUGGAUCCACAGUGAAAAUUUGUGUUGAUGCAAUGCCUGAUGGGAUGCUAACAAUGGAAUAUUCCCGAUUGCUUGGGUGGUGUUUUGUGUGA